CCAUCACGCCCCGCGCGUCUGUGUUCUGAGUUCGCGGCAGCAUGUGGGCUGUGGCCGGUCGGUUGUGGGGCCCUUGCUCCGGGUUGUGCGCGCUGUGGGGUAGCGGCGAUGGUGUGCACCUUCUGGGCCAUGUGCGAGCCCUGCGUGGCUCCGCGGCUUCCUGUGGCAGCAAGAACUUGCUCAAGAAAUUUGCUUCCAAAACUAGGAAGAAGUUUUGGUAUGAAGGACCUUCCCUGGGAUCUCACUUGACUUACAAGCCAUCCAAGUUGGAUUCCCUCCUGAAAGCUACCUCCAAGAAGACCAGGAAGGGAGACCAUGUGCGCAUUAGAGCCCUGAACGGCCUCCUCUACAAAGCCCUAACGGAUUUGCUGUCCACCCCAGAAGUGAGCCAGGAAGUCUAUGACCUGAAUGUGGAGCUCUCCAAGGUGUCUCUGACUUCAGACUUCUCAGCCUGCCGUGUAUACUGGAAGACAAGUCUCUCUGCUGACCAGAAUAAGCACACAGAGGCCACCCUGCAGAAGAGUGCCGCAUACAUGAGGCACCUUUUGAUGUCCCAGCAGACCCUCAGGAAUAUGCCACCUAUAGUGUUUGUUCAAGACAGAAGAAAUGCACUUCUGGCUGAGGUUGAUCAGUUGCUGGCAGUAGCUGACUUUGGGCCCAUAGAUGAUAUAGAUAACUCGGCACAGGAUCAUUUCAGGGACUCUGAUACCCAGUUACCACCUGACCCCCCAGGACCUGCUGCAGACUUUUACCUGUGUGGGAUCAAUCAUGAUGCACUCAACAGGCAAAUAAUGGAGUAUAAACGGAAGAAGGAGAAAGGACUUCAGGACAUUAGCCUGGUGCCACCUGGGCAGGAGCAAAUGGCUAAGUUGCCACAAUACAUGAGGAGAAGGAAGGCUCUGUCACACAAGGAUCAGGACACCUCCCCCAGGAGUUUCCUCUUAGGUGAGGAGAAUGAGGAUGAGGAUGAAGACAGUACCAUGGAAUAUGAAUGUGAAUCUAAGAAAGCAGAGGAAUGAGAGGCAGAACAUGGAGGUGGUGGGGACCCCAUGACUGAACAGUAGGGCCCUCAUGACUGAACAGAACAAGGAUAGGGGGGAGUCGUCAGUCUGCCUGUCUGGGCCUGCAGGAAAAGAGUGUGCUUUUGUGGAAAGUAUGUGGUCUGUACUACAGAGAUAGGUGAUGAAACUCUUAGAGGUAUCAUGGACUCUUCUCCUGUUCAACUUUCAGUAGUUUUCUAUGUGUCUAAGCAUAAUUUCCUAUACAGAAGUCACUGUUCUUCUUUCAUGAAGCACACUGUGUGUAAUAAAAAAAUAAUAAACCACUCAUCACAUUGGUGAGAUCUUCAGAUGUGAAAAGAAUAAAGCUAUAUCACUGGGACUCUAGCCCAGGUCUGUGCAGCAGAAGAGGGCAGGGAUGGAGGCCUCUUGUGCUCAUGCUUGUCUGUCUUCCCAAGGGUGGCUUCCUCAAUGCUGUUGUGGGUCCAGUUUCCACCUUCUGAUUGAGGCAUGAUUGAAUGAAAAGUACAUAUUGGUGCAAUGGAAGGGCUCCCAGGUGAUCCAGGUAGUACUGGCUAUGCCUGAACUCUGAUCACGUGACAUAUUGACAGACUUUGCUCUUGGUGCCUCUGUCCAGCUGGCUUUUUUUCUGGACCCAUUUAAAUGUCCAACAUGCAGGUCUUUGCCUUCUGGGGAACCUGUGACUCUUGGACACAGGCUGUGAACAGCUUUUUAUUUUAUCAUAUCAGAAGAAAAAUCAUGCUCCAUCUUAUAAAU